UUCGCAAUUGUGACAGCCCUAGACGAGCCUCGAAAUUGUUAGAAUAUUUACCGGAUUCCAUUUGUUUGCAUUAGAAAAGUGCAAGUCGAAAUUGAACUCAUUGGCCCCUAUUACGCUUUGAGAUAAAUUCAUAGUUUCAAAAUUGUAAACAGUUCAGUGAGCUGCUGCGUUGUUUAGUUUUCCACAAGAAACAGCUGGCUGCUAACUGAGAACUGAGGUGCAAAUUGCAAUUUUAGUUGCAGUUGCAUAUAUAUUUGCAAUUGCAGUUAACACGCCAACGAAAUCAGCAAGAAUAGCAACAGUAACAAUCAACGGUCGAAGCCCCCGUCAGAAUGCAGAACAAUCCCAGCCCACAGUUGCCCUGCAAGGGUAUUUUAAAGACUUCUCGCAGUUUCGACAAGUCCGGAGCCAGUUUUCGGAAAAGUGCCAAGUUUGAUGAGCUCAACGUUCUGCAGACCUUCCAUCCGGCCGACAAGGACUAUGGUCAUAUGAAAAUCGAUGAACCCAAAACUCCAUAUAACUACACGGAGGCCUAUGAAGAUAACAGGGACGAGCUAGACACAGAGCUGCUCGUGGAAAAACUACGCAUUGCGGCCAAUACACAACAGUCUUCAGAGAGCAUUGAAGACGAAGGGUCUUCCGGCGACGAUCAGCCCCUGAGUGAGGAGGAACGACAACGUCGGCGUGAAUUCGAACGACGUCGUAAGGCACACUAUCGCGAGUUCGAGGCUGUCAAGCUGGCACGCAAGCUGAUACAGGAGGAGGACGAUGACGACGAAGGUGAAGAGAGUACUGAUGCCAGGAGCUUGGACAGCCGGCCCUCGGGUUCGGCGCAGGGCGCUUCCACCUCAAGCGGACGCUUCUCAAGCAGUUCCGCGAAAAAGUCAAAUACCCAAUCCCAACCGUCUGCCUCUCCGUCAACCAGUGCCACCAGCCAUAUGGACCUGGAGCCAUCCAACAACUAGGAGUUAUAUCAAAACCAUCACCCCUAUCUAACAAUCGAUCACCAGUGUCACAACCUAGACGACUAUGGGCAGCUCAUUCAGGCAUCCAAUGACAACUAUUCAAGCUACAAUAUCAGAGUGAGAGUGUGUGGGAUGCUGGUAACAGAAGUGGUUAAUUGAACUAAACAAAUUAAAUCACAUCCGAAGAAGUCGCAAAAUAUUUGUCACCGAGAAUCCAUUGAAUUGAUUGUUGCUAAUUGAUUUUAUCACAUAAAAUGUGCACUUGGCGGGAGAAUUUUGAUUGUACGAAAGAGCAAAAUAUAAAUAUCGUAUGCGUCUCAGCCGUAGCGUACCGUUGCAAAUGUAGUUGAACAAAAAUAGUGUUUAAAUUCAUAUCGUUGUGGAUGCACAUUAAAAAUAAUAUUAGUCUACCGUUCGCAGCUCCGUUUGCAUUUAAUUUGAAUGGAUGCAAGUGCCACGAUUACGAGGGUCAAUCGAGAGUGGAUGAUGAGUAACUUGUUGUAACUAAAGUUAAAGUUGAUUUGGCCUUACUUUUAGUUAUUUAUUAAUGUAAUAUUAUUAUUAUUAUUACUAUUAAGUUUAAGCCAUCGAAUGCGAAAGUUUCAAUAAAGAGAAAUCCAAAAGCCAAGCCCAGUUAAAACA